AUGUUAUUUCAAUUGUCAAAACUUUCUUUACUCAUAAAAUAUAUCAACUCUAUUAAAAGCAAUAAUUGUCAAAUUUUCAUACGAAGGUUUCUUUCUAACAGUCAGCCACUAAAUUCUCACAUAGGUCGUAAAAUUAUUAGAUAUCCUCAUAAUGUUAAAAUUACUCAUGACCCAACACCAAUUACUCAGCCACGUGUUAAAGCUGAUAUGUUCUCUACGACAUUAACGAUAUCGGGACCAUUGGGUACACAUUCUAUGCCUAUUAAACCAUAUGUUGGAAUCAAAUUUAUCAAAUCAGAUUUAUUAUAUAUACCUCCUAAAGAUAGAAAACCUCCUACACAUAAUAUUGACGAUGAUGAUUUCAUUGAUGAAAGUGAUUUUGACAAAAAAUUGGCGAUAUCUGUUGAAGAUCCUAAAAUAAAAGAGCAAAGAGCAAUGUGGGGUACAACAAGAUCUUUGAUUGCAAACUAUGUUAUUGGAGUUUCCGAAGGAUAUAAUGUUUUAUUGAGAUUUGUAGGUGUAGGAUAUAGGGCAAGUUUAGAAGAAAAUCCUAAAUCAAAAGAUAGUCCCAAACAAUUACAUAUUAGGGUUGGUUUCUCUCAUCCGGUUAUAUUGGAAAUUCCUCUCAAUAUUCGUUGUCGUUUACCCAGCCCUACGAAAAUUGUUUUGACUGGCACUGACAAACAAGCUGUAACAUUAUUUGCAUCACAAAUCAGAUCGUAUAGAAAACCAGAACCUUAUAAUCAAAAGGGUAUUUUCGUUAAUGAUGAAACAAUCAAAAAGAAGAGUAGUAAAAGGAAAUAA